CAGAAGCGUUCUCGGGCCUCGUAUUUGGUAUCCGGUUCGGCGCUACACGAACGCAUCGGCAAGGACCCCAACAGGGAGAGGCACACGGCACAGUUGCUUUUAUUUUCUUGUGUUUUCUGCCGUGGGACGCGAGGAUGAGCAGUUACAGUGAGAGGAAUGUGAGUGACUGACAGCCAAGAUGAGUAACGUGAAGAUGACCCAGUUCGUUGCGGGGCUUAAGUCCCGCAACGAGGAGACCAGGGUGAAGGCGGCUUGUGACCUCCAGCGUUAUGUCACCACUGAGUUGAGGGAGGUGUCUCUGGAUGAGUUGCUGACAUUCCUAGAUGAAUUCAACCAUCACAUUUUUGAGAUGGUGUCCUCCAAUGACAUCAAUGAGAAAAAGGGAGGCAUCUAUGCUAUUAUGAGUUUGGUGGAUGUUGAUGUAGGUCAGACAGGAGUGCGUAUCAGUCGAUUUGCAAACUACCUCAAGAACCUCGUUAACAGCCCAGACACUGGUGUGACGGAGCUUACAGCCAAGGCGGUUGGCCGCCUUGCCCUGGCCUCUGGGACAUUCACAGCAGAGUAUGUGGAAGAUCUAGUAAAGAGGUCAUUUGAGUGGCUACAGGGUGAUCGCAAUGAGGGAAGGAGACAUGCUGCAGUGCUUGUGCUAAGAGAACUGGCACUGUCUGUCCCAACAUAUUUCUUCCAACAAGUCCAGCAGUUUCUGGAUGUGAUAUUCAAUGCAGUUCGUGACCCAAAGCCCCAGAUUCGAGAAGGAGCAGUGGCAGCUCUUCGGGUGGCACUAGCAAUCACAGCCCAGAGAGAGACAAAGGAAAUGCAACAGACCAUGUGGUAUAAGCAGUGUCUCACUGAAGUGUGGGCAGGCUUUGAUGAUCAAGCCAACAACAAGGACAGGAGUCUGACACGUGAUGAUCGCAUCCAUGGCUCAUUGCUUGUUCUCAAUGAGUUACUUAGAUGCAGCAACACUGAGUGGGAGAGGUUGGUGAAGCAGCUGAGGCACCUGACACAUUACCAAACCCCACCCCCAAAGAAGGAUAGCAUGUCCUCGGUGGUGAAGCGUCUACGCGGUCAGGGCUCUCUUUCCACUUCCUCUCACACGCCUCAUGACCUGCUUUCAGCUCUGCCUUCACACACCAAUAACGCAAUUGGGGGUACAGAAAUUACAAUAUUGGAUCAACCCUGUGAGAGCCGCACUUGCAGGGAGUUGAUUCUUGAAAAGUAUGAUAGCAUAAGUACGCAGGUUCUUAAUCAAAAGACAAGCAGAAAUAACAUCAUCCAGAGUGCCCUGCUGCAAAUCAUACCAAGGCUAGCAGCACUGAAUAAGGAGAAAUUUUCACAGAGUUACCUGUCAGGGACGAUGACGUACCUGUUGGGGUGCUUGCGAGGCCGGGACAAGGAGAGGCCCACAGCAUUCAUCACCUUGGGUCUGCUUGCCGUGGCUGUGGGACCGGCCAUCAAGAAGUACCUGCCCAAGAUCAUGGAAGUGAUCAAAGCUUCGUUGCCCACCAAGGACACCCCAAGCAAGAAACGUGUUGUGGAGCCAGCUGUUUAUGUGUGCGUCAGUUUGGUAGCUAGAGGGGUGGAAGGGGCAGUCCGGAAUGAUGUCAAAGAACUGCUGGAACCUAUGAUGGCCACAGGACUUUCACCCCCUCUGACUCUAGCUCUCCAGGAGUUAGCCACAGAGAUCCCUUCACUCAAGCGUGACAUUGCAGAGGGAUUGCUGAGGAUGCUUUCCCAGAUCCUGAUGCACCGUUCCACCCCCCAUUCGCGAUCAGGUGUGGCCCCUCCCCCUUCCUCCCCAGACCACCAGGACACUGGGAGCCUUGUCCUGGCACUCCGGACACUCGGAUCUUUUGACUUUGAGGGUACAGGUUCGUUUAGAGGCCAGUCACUGAUGCAGUUUGUGAGACACGUAGCUGACCACUAUCUUAGCAGCGAACAUAGAGAAGUACGUCUGGAAGCUGUGCGAACUUGCUGUCACCUCCUAAGACCGACCUUUGCUUCUCUUGGUCGACGAGCAUCACAGUCACAAACUCAUAUAAUUUUCAACAUUGUGAGCAAGGUGCUGUGGGUCUGCGUAACUGAUAUGGAUCCUGAUGUCCGUCUGUGUGUGCUGGCAUCCCUUGAUGAGAGUUUUGACAGCCACUUAGCACAACCAGAGAAUCUAAACGCUCUAAUUUAUGCUCUUAGCGAUGAAGUCUUUGAAAUUCGAGAACACGCAAUAACAAUACUAGGACGUCUCUCAGCCAUAAAUCCUGCAUAUGUCCAUCCUCUCUUGCGCAAGGCUCUCCUCAAGAUUCUGGACGAGUUGGACUACAGUGGCAUAGGUCGCAACAGGGAACUUAGUGCACACAUGCUCGGCCAGCUCAUCGGCAAUGCACAGAGGUUCAUGCGGCAGUUUGUACAAGCCAUUAUGUCCGUUCUUGUUCCUAAACUGAAGGAUCAAGAUCCUAAUCCAGCUGUUACCAUGUAUGUCUUGAUGGCUAUUGGAGAUUUAGCUCAGGUGAGUGGGGGAGAGAUGCAGAAGUGGCUUCCAGAACUCAUGCCACUCCUGCUGGAGAUGCUAGCAGAUGGCACUUCUGGCUGGAAGAGACGCGUUGCUCUCUGGACCCUGGGGCAGCUAGUCGAGAACACAGGUUAUGUAGUCCACCCAUACACUCAGCAUCCCACUUUACUGGAUGUCCUGCUAUCAUUCUUGAAGACUGAGCAGCAACCUGCAGUAAGACGAGAAACAAUCCGUGUCUUAGGCUUGCUUGGUGCUCUAGACCCUUACAAACACAAGAUGAAUGUUGGUAUGAUUAAGAUCCAGGAGGACACAGGGGUUGCUGUCAUCUCCACAAGCGAGAAUAAAACAGAUGAGCUGUCUGGAGAAAUGGGAACAAGUGAGAUGUUAGUCAACCUCAACUAUUCAUCUCUAGAGGAGUUUUACCCUACAUGUGCUAUUGCCAUGCUUAUGAAGGUGAUCAAAGACCCUACCUUGGGUCAGCACCACAAUGAAGUGGUCAGGGCUGUGACCUUCAUCUUCAAAUCCCUAGGGGUGAAAGGAGUGCCUUACUUGGCUCAGGUUAUCCCCUCGCUUCUCUAUGUCAUCAGGACUGCAGACGCAAAUUUCCGAGAUUAUUUGUUCCAGCAGUUGGCGACUCUGAUUGGCAUUGUAAAACAGCAUAUUAGAAACUAUUUAGAUGAUAUUAUUGAAGUUUUAAAAGAAUUCUGGGUGACUGGUGGAAAGCUAGAGACAACAAUAACAAUUAUUACAGUUGUUGAAAGCAUUGCAUUAGCAGUUGGCUCAGAGUUCAAGAUCUAUCUCAAAGAACUCGUUCCCAUGAUCCUAAAGUCUUGUAUCAAUGACUCUAAGGAGAAGCAAGUGACUGGCAAGCUCCUGUUAGCCUUCCAGAAGUUUGGAGCCACACUAGAGGAAUUCCUGCACAUGAUACUUCCCCACAUUGUGAAGCUGUUCGAUGCCAGCGAUGUUCCUCUGUCUGUUCGUCGCACAGCCCUUGAGACAGUUGAUCACUUUGCAGAUUACCUUGACCUCUCUGAUUAUACCUCGAAGAUCAUUCAUCCAUUGCUUAGAACUCUAGACACUUGUCCAGAGCUCCGAGAUCAAGCCAUGGAAGUGCUGUGUGCCCUGGCGACUCAGUUGGGCAGGUCAUAUGAGUGCUUCAUCCCCAUCGUUUACCGCAUAACCACCAAACACAAGAUCCACCAUCCCAGAUAUGACAUCCUGGUGGCGAAGGUGGUAAGGGGUCUAACAGUCUCUGAUGACGAGAUGACAAUCAUAACAGCUCACCAACGUGCCAGACGGCCUAGGUCAAGAGAUCAUCAGUUAGAAGCGGAUUCUACAACCAUCAAAAAACAUACAGUAGGGGUGCAGUCACUCCAGAAAGCAUGGUUGUUCACCCGGCUUGUGAGCAAGGACGACUGGCUGGAAUGGCUUCGGAGAUUCAGCAUUGAGUUGAUGAAGGCUUCUCCGUCUCCGGCCCUAAGAUCCUGUUACUCAGUUGCCACAACAUACGUGCAGCUCUCCCGCGAUCUCUUCAAUGCCGCUUUUGUCUCUUGCUGGAGUGAAUUGAAUGAGUCUCUCCAGGAUGACCUCCUUCAGUCCCUGCGUCAAGCUCUGACCUCCCAAGACAUACCUGAAAUCACACAAACCCUCCUCAAUCUUGCAGAGUUCAUGGAACAUUGUGACAAGGGUCCAUUGCCACUAGAACUUCAGCUCCUAGGAGAGAAGGCCAUGGAGUGCCGUGCUUAUGCAAAGGCACUUCACUACAAAGAAGAGGAAUUCCACAAGGGCCCAACAUCAGAGGUCCUGGAACACCUGAUUUCCAUCAACAAUAAACUGGGACAGAAGGAGGCUGCAGCAGGUCUCUUGGAGUACGCUCGUAAGAACAAUCGCACAGACAUGAAAGUGCAAGAAAGGUGGCAUGAAAAAUUGCACGACUGGGACCAGGCUCUGCAGGCUUAUCAGACAAAGCUAGAGACACGGCCCGAUGACCUGGAACUCACCCUCGGUCAGAUGAGGUGUCUGGAGGCCCUUGGGGAAUGGGGUGAGCUGUACAGUGUGUCCUGUGAGUGGUGGAGCAGUUCCAUGAAUGACGAGUGCCGUGCACAGAUGGCCAGGGUGGCAGCAGCAUCAGCCUGGGCCAUGGGGCAGUGGACGUCCAUGGAGGAAUACACCAAGUUUAUUCCUCGAGACACGCAGGAGGGAGCCUUCUACCGGGCUGUCCUCUCGGUGCAUAAAGAUCAGUACCAGGUUGCUCAGCAGUUAAUUGAUUCUGCAAGAGAUCUUCUUGACACUGAGCUGACAGCCAUGGUCGGUGAGAGUUAUCAGCGAGCAUACAAUGCUAUGGUGGCUGUGCAGAUGUUGGCAGAACUGGAAGAAGUCAUUCAGUAUAAACUGGUCCCAGAGAGAAGGCAACCCAUUACACAAAUCUGGUGGGAAAGACUGCAGGGAUGCCAACGGGUGGUAGAGGACUGGCAGAAGAUCCUACAGGUCCGUUCGCUUGUCCUCAGUCCACAGGAAGACAUGAGACCUUGGCUGAAGUUUGCCUCACUCUGCCGCAAGUCUGGGCGGCUCACUCUCUCCCACAAGACCUUAGUGAGGCUCCUGGGCUGCGAUCCGUCCACAAACACCCAACAAGUUCUCCCAGCAACUCACCCUCGUGUGACGUACCAGUACUGCAAGCACAUCUACACUUAUCCCAACAGACGUCAUGAAGCCUAUGGGCACCUUCAGAGUUUUCUUCAGUACAUUGCCCCGGCGGUGGUUGUUGGUGGUUGUCACAACAAUGACAACAAAUUGCGUGAGCUGGUAUCCCGUGUCUACCUCAAGUUAGGAGAAUGGUAUGAGCAACUGCAUGGCCUUAAUGAAGACAACAUAAACACAAUCCUGACGUAUUAUACGCAUGCAAAAGACACAGACAAGUCAUGUUAUAAGGCUUGGCACGCUUAUGCGUACAUGAACUUUGAGGCAAUACUUUUCUACAAGAACAAGGCAGAUUCUGGGAAAGCAGAGAAUGGGGAUGAUACCAGCACACCAAGCAAAAAGAAGCAGAAAUCUGCAGGGGAUUUCACCAUAGCGGCCGUCAAGGGUUUCAUCCGAUCAAUCUCUCUGAGUGAUGGCAACAGCCUUCAGGACACGCUGCGUCUCCUUACAGUCUGGUUUGAACAUGGCCACCAAUCUGGAGUCUAUGAAGCCUUGGUGGAUGGACUUAAGACGAUCCAGAUUGAUACUUGGUUGCAGGUAAUCCCUCAGCUGAUUGCUCGCAUCGACACCCCUCGAACACUAGUAGGAAAGCUGAUUCACCAGCUUCUCAUGGAUAUUGGCAAACAUCAUCCACAGGCUCUUAUCUACCCCUUGACUGUGGCGGCAAAGUCCUCUGUUGUGGCGCGUUCACAGGCAGCAGAGAAGAUUCUUAAGAACAUGCGUGAGCAUUCUGCAAAUCUAGUCCAACAGGCCAUGAUGGUAUCAGAAGAGCUGAUCAGAGUGGCAAUCCUGUGGCAUGAGAUAUGGCAUGAGGGUCUUGAAGAGGCUAGUCGACUGUACUUCGGAGAGCGCAAUGAGUCUGGGAUGUUCCGUACACUGGAGCCUUUGCAUGCCAUGAUGGAACGUGGUCCACAAACACUCAAGGAAAUGUCCUUUAGCCAGGCCUAUGGUCCUGACUUGCGAGAUGCACAGGAGUGGUGCCGUCGUUACCAGCGGACAGGAAAUGUACGUGAAUUAAACCAGGCCUGGGACUUAUACUAUCAUGUGUUCCGCCGUAUCUCUCGUCAGUUACCCCAGCUAACAUCUCUGGAGCUCCAGUCAGUCUCUCCAAGACUCCUCAAGUGCCGGGACCUGGAUAUUGCUGUGCCAGGAUCCUAUGCUCCAAACUCCCCUGUCAUCUGUAUCAGUCAAGUCCAAUCGUCCCUGCACGUCCUCACUUCAAAACAGAGACCACGGAAACUCUGCAUCCGAGGCAGCAACGGUAGGGACAUUGUCUUCUUGCUGAAGGGCCAUGAGGAUCUGAGGCAGGAUGAGAGGGUUAUGCAGUUAUUCGGUCUCGUCAAUACGCUCCUGAUCAGCAACCCCGACACCUUCCGCCGCAAUCUUACCAUCCAGAGAUUCGCUGUCAUUCCAUUAUCUACCAACUCAGGUCUCAUUGGCUGGGUACCCCACUGUGAUACGCUUCAUGCCCUCAUUCGAGACUGGCGGGAAAAGAAGAAGAUCCUCUUGAACAUUGAGCACAGGAUCAUGAUGCGAAUGGCCCAGGAUCUGGAACACCUCACACUCAUGCAGAAAGUGGAGGUCUUCGAACAUGCACUCGAGCACACGCAAGGAGAUGACCUCGCACGCCUCUUGUGGUUUAAGAGCCCCUCCUCAGAAGUGUGGUUUGACCGUCGUACAAACUACACACGUUCACUGGCAGUGAUGUCUAUGGUUGGCUAUGUCCUGGGUCUAGGUGACCGUCAUCCAUCCAACCUCAUGUUGGACCAGCUGUCUGGAAAAAUUAUUCAUAUUGACUUUGGUGACUGCUUUGAAGUUGCCAUGACCCGUGAGAAAUUCCCGGAAAAGAUCCCUUUCCGCUUAACUCGUAUGCUUAUAAAUGCCAUGGAGGUGACUGGAAUAGAUGGUACUUACCGCAUGACUUGCGAGUCUGUCAUGAGCCUCAUUAGACGAAACAAAGAUUCUCUCAUGGCUAUGCUUGAAGCCUUUGUAUAUGAUCCUCUGCUGAAUUGGCGUCUGAUGGAUCAUGCUCAGCCAAAGAGUAAACGCUCAGUGGUUGGGGAAACUGUCAGUGGGGGUGGUGUAGCAGCAACAGACACAGGACACACGCCAAUAAUGGAAGCAGCCUCUACAUCAUCAGGGGCUCCAGCAGGUUCACAGACCAAGAAAAUCGAGGUCAGAGAAGACUCUGGGGCAUCAGAAGCACUCAACAAGAAAGCAGUAGCAAUUGUCAAUCGCGUUCGUGACAAACUGACUGGCAGAGACUUCAACAAUGAUGAACCGCUUGAUGUACAUAAACAGGUGGAGCUACUUAUUGCUCAGGCCACAUCCCAUGAAAACCUGUGCCAAUGCUAUAUUGGAUGGUGUCCAUUCUGGUAGAAGUUCACAUGUCUUAUGUUUUGUAAGGGAAGUUCUGUUGGACUAUAUAUAUCCAUUGUAAUUUGAUAAGGUCAAAAUACACUUGUUCAUAACAAAGAUGGUGUAAAACACUUCAUUGACUAAGUUUUUCAUAAACCAAUUUUAUAUAUUUUUAGUUUUAAAUGUUACAUCAGGCUAAGGGACUGCCUUUGAUCAUUGUUUAAAUUUUUUCACAUUAUGAAAAAUUCAUAUAAAUCCAAAGGAUGCUAAAACUCAUUUGCUAUAUGAAUACGUGGCAGUAGAAGGACCCAGUUUUAAUUUAUAAAAUUAAGACAACUAGAAGAGAAGAUAUUUGUUUUCUCUGUCUUUGUUUGUGAUUACAAAUGCUAUGAAGUUUACAAAUAGUAAUACUUUUUCAGUGCAAUUUAGCAUUCAUCAAAUUGCUUUACUCUUAGAUUACUGUUCUUAGUUAGAGGUUUAUAGAGUAGUAUAUGCUGUCUCAUUUGUGAAUAUUAGUUAUUUCUUCAGUGCAAAACAUUCGUGAUAAAAAGAAUUUUAAGGGUGGAACAAAAACUAACGGAAACCAAACAUAUUAAGCAUUUGUCAAUCGGAAUAACAGGGAAUCAUGGCUGGCUGUUAAGCCAAUACUAUUUUAAUAUUUUUUUAUCAUUAUUUUACCAUUUAUUCAUAUGUUAAACUCGGCUGCAAAAGAACUUUUGUAAAUAAUUAUCAAUUACACACUGAUCCUGUUUUGCUCUUGCGACCCUCCUGUUUGGGUCGGAGGUGCCCAUGUGGGACUUAUUCGCCUAACUGGAAACCAUCCUAACUAAAACCAUGGUCAAGCCAGGGGAUUCGAACACAUACCCUCUGCACUGGGAUUAAGAACACCGUCCCACUGAAGCGUUGUAGCAGCAUUGAUUAAAUACACAACAAAAGGUAAAAGCAAGAGAGAUGCUGCUAGAAAUAACAGCUAAAAGUGGAAAUACUAUGAAAAUAAAACAGAUACAUGAUUCUA